AUGAUGACAACUGAAAAAGGUGAACUAAUGGAAAAAGAAAAAGGAAAUAUGGCUGAUUUUGAUGAUUUUGGUUUACUAGCACAAAUGGCUCGUCGAGAAUUAAUUCAUUUACUUGAAUCGAUACCUGAAGUAAAAGAUUUAGCAGUGGAGCUAAGUUUAAUGCGACCAUUGGAUAAAAUAGCAUCAAUGUCUGUGUUACAAGAACAUAACUGCGCUCAUGUGCAACAAUUUUUGCAUCAUUCAAAUUUAAAAUGGAGUGAGAAUGCUAUACAUCGUCUGAACCGGAACGAAAUUAUUCGCUUGGAACAUCAUGAAUUUACAAUGGCAACAUUAGUAGAUCAUAAUUUUAUUCAUCUUCGUGCAGUUGCUAAAUCAUUAUGGCAAUUACAAACACUCUAUGGAUUAAUACCAAUUGUUUAUGGUAUUGGAGAAAAUAGUAUAUAUGUAAAUAAAUUAAUGAAAAAAUUACACAAUGAAUUUGCUGUACGAAAUAUGCAUAUGACAGCAGUUUUUCCAUUUUUAAGUGCUAAAGCAAAAUCUCUUCAAGCAAGUUACGACAAAGGUUCAAAUCUUGAACAAGUAAAAGAUAUGAAAGAAUUUGUAUCCAAUGAAUUACGAACACUGAAACAACAGCAUAAAUUACUAGAAUUGCAUAUUUGCGCUUGUGAAGUGGUUUUGGAGAAAUGUAAAGGAAUUUCAAGUCGACUUACACUGGAGCAUGCAUUAAUUUCAGGAAAUUUUGAUCCUAAUGAAGUAUUAGCAUAUUUGGAAGAUUGUAUGUGUACUCAACACAAUCAAUGGCAAAUCCUCUUAUUAGCAUGCUUAUGGUCUCUUACACAAAAUGGUAUACCAACCAAAUAUUUCAAUCAGUUUCGAAAUCAAUAUCUCUAUGCUUUUGGCCAUGAAAAUCUUGCAAUAUUACAUUUUCUUGGUAUUCAAGGUCUUCUAAUUGAGCGUUCUAUUCCACAACUAACAACUGUACAUAAUGUUAUACCUAUCAAAUCUCAGCCUGUAUCAUCAUUUUCUAAGCCUACAUUUCAAUUUUUAACACGACGUAUGGCACUUCUUCCAGGCAAUACCGAAACAACAAUAAAUCUUCGAAAUCCUGAUCAAAUGCGAUAUGUUUUUUCAGGUGUUUACACACCUAUCUUAUGUAAAAUAGUUAAUGAUACAAUAAAUAAUGGAUGGAAUAUGGAAGAAAUGAAGAUAACUUUUGGUGAUACAGUUUUUUGUGAUCAAAAUUGCUCGCCAAAUGCAAAUCGUCAAACUGAUAAUCGUAUCCGAAAAGUAAUUUUAGUAUAUUUUAUUGGUGGUGUAACAUAUUCGGAAAUUGCUGCAUUAACUUUACUUGCACAAUACAAUAAUUUACGUAUUAUUAUUGCUACAACAAAUAUUAUUCAUCGUGAAAAAUUCAUUAAAGAACUUGCUAACGUAUCUGUUACAUCUUUUUCGGAAAUAGAGCAGAAAUUGUAA